AUAAACCCGGCUUGGUUUUGUAGCUUCGGUUUGAGUUGUUUUUGCGGCGAGAUAGAUAUACCUUUGUAAUCUUCUACAAUCUUUUUUUGUUUAUCCCAUCCACCUCUUACUGGAUAGUUGUUGUACUUAGAAGUAAGUUAACUUCAAUCCUUCUUGCUCUGUGUUGUCUAGCGCCACUCUGUUGCCUUUAGAAUAUAACGUAUCUGGGGCAAAGCUAGCUGUCAUUCGAACAUGGAAAACCCUCCGAACCAGACGAUCUACAUAAAAAACCUGAACGAGAAGAUCAAGAAAGAGGAGUUGAAGAAGUCCCUGUAUGCUAUUUUCUCCCAAUUUGGGCCAAUCCUGGACAUUGUGGCUCUGAAGACCCUCAAGAUGAGAGGCCAAGCGUUUGUUGUCUUCAAGGACAUAGGAAGUGCAACAAAUGCACUCAGGUCUAUGCAGGGUUUUCCGUUUUAUGACAAGCCUAUGCGGAUUCAAUAUGCCAAGGGGAAGUCAGAUGCUGUAGCCAAGGCAGAAGGGACAUUUGUACCAAGGGAAAAGAAACCAAAAGAGAAAAGAAAGGCUCCUGAGAAUGCUGCUCGUCCAGCAAAGAAGGUGCCUAUUGCAGUGCCUGUGAUGGGGGUUAUCCCACAGGCCAUGCCAGGAAUGGUGCCGCCAGUUAUGGCCCCAGCAGGUGCGCCCAUUGCUGCUCCUAUGGCCAUACCAACUCAACAGCCCGACUUGCCUAACAACAUCCUGUUCUUGACCAACCUUCCAAUGGAAACAACAGAACUCAUGUUAUCCAUGCUGUUUAACCAAUUCCCUGGUUUCAAGGAAGUCCGUCUGGUACCAGGUCGCUCAGACAUCUCAUUCGUAGAGUUUGAGAAUGAAGUUCAAGCCGGCACGGCCAAAGACGCUUUACAGGGCUUCAGGAUAACUCCUACGAAUGCCAUGAGUAUAUCAUAUGCGAAGAAGUAACCUUGUUGAUGGCAUGGCAUUGCACCCGGCCAUGUAGACCUAGACUAGCAUGUACAGUAAAUAGCGCUACCAUAGCCUUUUGGCAUUGCACUAUGGUCUUGUAUCAUAGAUAGUUUAAUUUUCUAUUCAAAUAUUUGUUUACUUUGUUACGUUUUGUAAGUUUCUUCAAGCCUGGUGCAUCGCAGGGUAUGUAUUAUUUACUGAGGCAAGUUAUUAUUUUAUUUCUAGGGAGCUGAAGUCCACAGAAAUAAAAUUAAUUCUUGUCUAUUAUGACCUAGCUUUUUCGGGUUCGGGUUAUUUCUGAUUUUUAUUCCUCUGCACUGAGGCUAUGUAGGAUCGAAGGGUAUGGAUGGGUAUGGGGGAAUUUAGCAACUUUAUCAUUGUACCCCGCUAGAGCUGGAAAACACCUAGUCCCAUGCAUUGCACUAAGCCUGGUUGAACUAGACUGAUACUACACACUAAUGGUCCGAGAAGCGAUGCAUCCCCUGUUAAACGAUCAAAAACUAAUAAAAAGAGCUUGUUAUCA